AUAUGAGUGAUUGAAGAAUUGCUUCCAUACCACGAUCUUUCGUCACGUGGUACGUUUUACGAUUUAUCCUCAUCCAAUUUCACUGGAAUCCCGCAACGUAGUCUCUCGAACCGCAGAGCUCGCCCUCGUUCAGCGCUGCGCUUCACAUUCCUCGCAGCAGAAUGUGCUCUCACACAUUGAUGCCACGGAUCCAUCUAAGGGUUUUGCUUUCGUUUUAAGUUCACCUGGUCUGAUGUGUUCCUCCAUAGUGUCAUUUGGGAGAGGAUGUUGCUUCUCAUUUAUGCAACUUUGCUUGGAAUUUUCCUCAAAACAGGUUAUGCUCUCCAGAUCCAGUGUUACCAGUGUGAGGAGGUGAAAAACAAUGAAUGCUCCACGCCGGAGUUCAUUGUCAACUGCACGGUCAACGUGCAGGACAUGUGUCAGAAAGAGGUACUGGUGAAGAAGGAUGGCAUAUUUUACCGCAAGUCCUGCGCCUCGUCUGGGGCAUGCCUCAUAUCCUCAUCAGGCUACCAGCAGUUCUGCACUGGAAGGAUCAACUCUGUGUGCAUCUCCUGCUGUAACACACCGCUCUGCAAUGGGCCCCGGAAGAAGAACCGCCCGGUCCCGUCGGCCGCGACCUCUUCAUUUUCCUCCCUUCUUUUUCUUCUGGUCUCCCUCACGCUGGUCUCUCUUUCUCUGACAUAGACCUAGAGGCGUCCAUUUGUCCCCUCCUCUACUCGAAGAUAACACUAGAGUAUUAUGAGAGUACAUAUAGGCUACAGUACAUAACCGUACGUAGUGUAUUGGCUACAUCAAGACUCUAGUGUCGUCUUUGGAGAGGAAUCCUAUACAAGAGACUAUCACAGGAGGUGGGUGGCAACUUAAUUGGGGAGAACGGGCUCGUGGUAAUGACUGGAUCAGAAUGAGUAUCAAAGAAAUCAAGCACAUGGUUUCCAGGUGUUUGAUGGUAUUCCAUUUGCUCAAUUCCAGCCAUUAUUAUGAGCCGUUCUCCCCUCAGCAGCCUCCUGUGGACUCUACAGCGUCGUCUUUGGAUCAGAUACUCAAGAGCUUAAGACUCUUCGGGAAGGAUCCCCUUUUAUAAUCCUGGUGUUUUGAGUUUUUGAGAACUGAAUGCUUGCCAUUGCCUCCUUCUUCUUCGUCCCUCCCUUGCCCUCCAAUCACCCUUUGCUUACUCCGUAGGGUCCCUAUUGGGGGCAAUGGGCACUGACCUCAUCAACGUCGGUGUUCUCCUGUUUAUAGGAAGAUCGAACGCUUCAGAUCAAUACUCCUGAUGAUUAGGAGUCAGACGUGAUCAUAGUCAGUGAGUACUCAGCAGCCGUUUAGCUGUGAGAAUUGUGUUAACUCAUUAUGGAUCUGAGUGUAGAGAUGGCACUGACAGUUGAGGACAUUGAGCAGUGAGUUGUAGGGAUUUUGGAGAUAUACUUAGAUGUCUGCAUCAUUUACUACUUGUACAAGUUCUUGUUACAGUAAGUACUAACUGCAGGAUCUCAUGUCUUAUAUCAUUUGUAAGUACAGAUGUGUGAUCUUAAUUUGACCAGUUUCUCACAGCAGCAACAUAUUCCUACAGCAACAAAUCCUACAGAAAUGUGAAUUAUUGUGGGUUAUAAUUAAUGGACAUUUUCAUAGGGGUUGAUACAUUUUUUGUUUGGGCAAACCAACAUUUUAAAGUGGAAAAUACAACUUUAGAAGCCUUUAAAAACCUUGAAUACACUACAAGUUUGCUUUUCCUGCUGUGCAGAAAAUUCCCUGCCAAAACAGGGUGAUCAAAUUAAGAUCCUACAUCUGUAUAUACACAAUUAAUUUCUUGGACUUCAAAUAUUGCUGAAAGACACAAGGGAUUUGUUUAUAAACGUUAUAUAAAUUGACAUACACUACCGUUCAAAAGUUUGGGGUCACUUAGACACUUAGAAAUGCCCUUGUUUUUUAAAG